GCACUUUCAAAGUAUUGAUCUAAUCCCGAGACGAGUUUCGUUUGAGUAAUAUCGUGUUUAUAAUAAAACGCCCUUCUUUCUUUUCAAUGAUUUUAACUUUAUAGUAGGUAGGCAAGAUGAGUAGUACAGGCGAGCAGUUAACUUUAGCCAGAGACAUAAAAAGAGUUAUAGAAUUGCUGGAGAAACUCCAGCAAAGUGGUGAAGUACCUGCUACGAAGCUUGCAGCACUGCAGAAGGUAUUGCAGAGCGACUUUUUAAACGCUGUGCGAGAGGUAUACGAGCAUGUAUACGAGACAGUGGAUAUCCAAGGAUCCGCAGAUAUAAGGGCGUCGGCCACGGCAAAGGCCACGGUGGCAGCAUUCGCCGCGGCGGAAGGCCACGCACAUCCCCGCGUCGUCGAGCUACCUAAGACCGAGGAGGGCCUGGGAUUCAACGUGAUGGGCGGGAAGGAACAGAAUUCUCCCAUUUAUAUAUCCAGGAUCAUCCCAGGAGGCGUGGCAGACCGCCACGGUGGUCUCAAGAGAGGCGAUCAGCUGCUCUCAGUAAAUGGUGUGUCUGUGGAGGGAGAAAAUCACGAGAAAGCUGUCGACCUGCUGAAACAAGCUGUUGGGUCGGUGAAGCUGGUGGUGCGAUACACUCCAAAAGUAUUGGAAGAGAUGGAAAUGAGAUUUGACAAGCAGAGGACUGGCCGGCGACGUCAAAAUUACAAUUAAAUAUUUCCAAGCCAGUUAAAAGGCAAAUUUAAGAUAGGUAGUUAAUUUUUAUGUUAGAUUAUUGUUAUUGUAAGAUUUUUAUGGCAUUUGUUUUGCCAGAGUCUGUUAAACGCAUCCGAACAUACAUUGUCUUGUGUGUUGAUUAUUGUUAGAUUUAAGACAGUAAUGAAAAGGUCUGUUAAUAAUGAAAUAUUAAUGUAUAUUUAAAUAUUUAUAUGAUGCAGACAUGACAGUCUGUUCGUAUUGAUGCUAAUAUUGCAUGACGCAUUCAUAAUGCAUUCAGAAACCUUUUUAAUAAUAAUGUACUUAAUCAACCUAAUCAACAUUAACAAUUAGUUUUAAGACAUAUGCCAAAUACAUUAUUUCAAAAUAAUAAUCUAGUAGCACGAAUCAUAGUUUGUAUAUCACAUUUUAAUCAAUUGUAUCUGCAAUCACUAAUCAUGAAUAUUAUAUCAGUAUUCUAGAAGGUUUAAAUAAAUCAGGGCAAAUUGAA